GUUUCCUUCGGAGCGCGGUGUUGGAAGCCGUUAGAUCCUCGGCGGAUCCUCGUUUGGACGCCGAGGCUUCCGUCGGUCUGCUACAGCUCGCAGAGGCCACGCCGCUUCCUCGCCCCCGAUGGCUCAGCAACGGGUCCUGCCCCAGAGCAAGGAAACCCUCCUCCAGUCGUACAACAAGAGGCUGAAAGAUGACAUCAAGUCCAUCAUGGAUAACUUCACGGAGAUCAUAAAGACGGCCAAGAUCGAGGAAGAAACCCAAGUAUCCCGAGCCACGCAGGGCGAACAGGACAACUAUGAGAUGCACGUGAGAGCCGCCAACAUUGUCCGCGCCGGGGAGUCCCUGAUGAAGCUCGUGUCGGACCUGAAGCAGUUUCUGAUCCUGAACGACUUCCCGUCGGUGAACGAGGCGGUCGGCCAGCGCACCCAGCAGCUGCGGGGCCUCCAGGACGAAUGCGACAAGAAGCUCGUCUCCCUGCGCGACGAGAUCUCCGUCGACCUCUACGAGCUGGAGGAAGAAUAUUACUCGUCCAGCAACAGCCCGUGCGACUCAAAUGACCUGCCUCUGUGCGCUGCCUACUGGAGACGGGACCUCGCCGCCACGCCGUCCCCCGACGGCCUCUCGGUGCCCCCGCCGCCGUCCACCGCGGCCGAGCCGGGCGCCGCCCCGACCCCGCAGGGCCCCGGCCCGGCGCGAUCCCACCCCCACGUCAACGGCCACGGGUCGGGGCCCGGCGAACGGGCCUGACGGGAGCGGGGAGGGACGGACGGCUCGGCUGCUGCCUCGGGAGGAGCGAGGGGAGAGGACGGCUUUGAGGACCGCGUCCCCGCUCUUGCCGGGACCUUCCGUUUCCCAUCCUUUCCCCGCCCCGCUCAACCCCUCCACCCCUCUCGGGGCUCCGACCCCACCUCCCCUCGCCCGAGUCCAACCCUUCCCCACUGCCAAAUGGGGACCACGCGCCAGGGACGGGACGUAGCCCGGCGAUAUUGGAAGAGGCUCCGGCCUCAGAAUCGAACCCAGAUGGGCGUUAGGCGGGAUUGGAAGUUGGGAACUGGGGAAAAAAAAAAAGCAAGCCUCGGGCGUCCGGGCAUUUGAGCCGGCCCUUUCUGGUCUCGCUUCGUUCCUUUUCCGGCGAACCUCUCUGUCCAUCUGGAAUUCUCUGAGAAUCCCAGAACCUCUGCGAAUCCCUGGCCCCACGGCCAGGAUGAAGGUCCGGCCUAGCCCAAGGCUUUGGACCCGUCUGAGACGGGGGGGGGGGCUGGACGGGGAAUGCCCGGGGCGGGGGGGGGAGCGUCAGGCUCUCGUGGCUCGGCACGGAUGUGGAGACCGUGAGAGGCUCAGGGUGUCGACCCCCCCCAGAAUCGGGAUGGUCGGGAUAAACGGGCCCCCACCGCCUUGCCCGAAAGCCGAGGAGAAGUUGCAGUGGGACCCGACCGCCCCAGCUGAUGGACCGAACGAGCCCGUUCCUCCGGCUCCCGGCGGCCCACCCAGUGGGCGGCGUCAGGUUGCUGUUCCACAUUCACUUCUUCCUCCUCCCUCCCACUGUGUUUUAUUAUUUUCGUAACACUGUUGAAUAAAAGACUAAACUCUUGUAUAA